AGAAAUUGUUUCAUGCAUUUUAAUUUUGUAGGACCCGAAUGUGUGUUAAAAACUCCAUAUAAGAUGCCAUUUCCCAACAAAACCUAAGCCAUGGAGAUAAUACAAAGACGCUGUUAUGGAGGGUGCUUCUAAGGGCAAGGAAGAAGGGACCGACACGACUCGGUACCGGGGCGUACGAAGGCGGCCAUGGGGGAAGUUUGCGGCCGAGAUACGCGACUCAAAUCGGCACGGCGCUCGUGUUUGGCUGGGGACUUUUAACACCGCAGAGGAGGCCGCUCGAGCUUACGAUAGAGCCGCCUAUGCAAUGAGAGGCCACCUGGCGAUUCUCAACUUCCCGCAGGAGUAUCCGAUGGGUAGUGGUGUCGGCGCGACUGCUUCUUCUUCUUCGUCGUCAUCGGGGAAACAAGUUAUCGAGCUGGAGUACUUGGAUGAUAAGUUGCUUGAAGAGCUUCUCGAUCAAGAUGAUAAUAAGAAGGAAGAAAAGAAGUGAAAUUCAUGGGGGACAAGUUAUCUUGACAAUUUCUCUUGAAUUCCGCUACUC